ACAAAACACAACAAAAAUAAAAAAGGGGCAGGAUUCAAGAUUAAAUUCAUCUAAAGACAAUUUCAUGUUAGCGAGGCGAAGAUUUUGCCGAAUGCGGCUGUAAGUCGGCAAAAUGCACGACAUUAUGUCUGCCCUAUCAACUCCCAACAUGAAGUUGAAAUGGGCCGACCACUUGAACAGCUCUUGGUCGAGCGAAAACUGCGACACGAUCGCGACCAGAGAAGGAAUUCACUUGCUUUACGAGCGACUAGUUGCAAACAAGGAAAUCGUGAUCUCGGCACCGGCAAAUUCGACAAACCCAGGCCCAGCCUUCCCGGAGUUUGACUCUCCUGAAAAUUUGACUGCAAUUGACUUAGAAAAUCAUGUUUCAAGUCUUCUUGCGGCCCAGAGAGAUUUGGCCCAGAUGAUCUGCUCCGAGUCACCGUUUGCGACGAUAUUGCGCCAGCGGCUGACAAUCCUGAAACGGAUGUUUCAUGCAAUCAUUUCUAAGUUCCACGAAAAUUCAAGGACGCAAGUUGCUACAUGUAAUCAAGAAAUUGAGCAGGCCGGUGGUUUGAUCAAAGUUGACUGCUCUCAGGACAAAACAACCUCGGGUUCAUCUGCCUUGGUCGAGUUGGGAGUUACUACUGGUCUCAGCCUCUUAUUUUCACUGCUGCAACUUAACUGGAGAUCAAGCUCAGUUGAAGGGGCACCAGAAAUGUGUAGUGAAGUCUUGAGGACUGCGUGCACUGUUGUUCGAGCGCUGCAGCCACUUUCACUGGCUAAUGAAACACAGAUACCUCCAUUGGGCAUUAAAGCCUUGAAAGAUAUUUCUGCCUUUCUUCAAAAAACCUCAUUGCCUUCAUCAGGCGCUGACUUCAUUGGACGACACCUAUCAGCAGAAUUACUGCUCGGAUUAGCUCUGCAGAGAGGCUCUUUGUGCUUCCUGCUGGAAUGGGUGCAAAUGGCUUUCCAAGCCUCGGUUAUUGGAACAAAGGAAGCGUUAAUACCGUCGCUAAGUUUUCUAGACUGGCUUAGUCAAAUGCAAGGCGGGGGACACUCUGCCCAAGAAAAUUUCCAAGGAGACUCGCGAGGGUUCAUACCUUUGUACCAGGCUGCCCUUUGCUUAAUGGGAAAACUGGUUUCCUUGGCUAGUGAACACAUGCACUUUGGAAUGUGCAAUGCUGAAAAUAACUGUGACUCGAGCAGUGGAAAAAUUCCAGUCGAACAAACUAAAAGCUGUGAUGUCUAUGUCUGGGGGAGUAACUCUUCCCAUCAACUGGCCGAAUCGUCACCAGAAAAAAUAUUUAUCCCACAACUAGCAAAUACAUUUAGCAGUGUGCAACAGGUUGAAGCUGGCCAAUACUGCACAUUUGUCAUUCACAACAACGGCACUGUAAGUGCCUGCGGUAAAGGGACCUAUGGCCGAUUAGGCCUAGGUGACUCUUCAAACCACACCAAGCUUAAAGUCUUGGCUCUGGACUCAAAAGUGAAAAGUCUGUCCUCGUCAAAAGGCAGUGACGGACACUCGAUUGCGCUGUCAGACGAAGGAAUGGUUUAUAGCUGGGGAGAUGGGGACUAUGGUAAGCUAGGUCAUGGGAAUUGCACAACUCAAAAGUGCCCGAGACUCAUAUCCGGGGCAUUGUUGGGAAAAGUAGUGGUUGCGGUACACGCUGGUUACAGACACAGCGCAGCAGUCACAGAAGACGGUGAACUGUACACUUGGGGAGAGGGUGACUAUGGACGGCUUGGCCAUGGAGACAGUGUGGGGAGAAACAUGCCAACUCUAGUGAGAGACAUUGCUGGAGUUGGAGGAGUUGCUUGCGGAAGUGCGCACACUCUGGCUGUGUCUAUGGACGGAAAAACGGUCUGGUCGUUUGGAGGAGGUGAUCACGGCAAACUUGGCCACGGAGACACAUCUCAAGUUUACAGACCCAAAGUUAUUGAGUCGCUGCAAGGGUUGUACAUCAGAAAAGUGGCAGCAGGGAGCACAUUUUCCCUGGCUUUGACUUCAAAUGGACAAGUUUGGGUGUGGGGUAGUGGUCCUUGUUUGGCUAAUGGAAAAGUGGAUGCCAUUUUUCUGGUGCCCAGACUAAUUGACGACUUAGCACAGUAUCGCAUAGUUGACGUAGCAGCUGGAGACACGCAUUGCUUGGCGCUCACACAUGAUAACGAGGUUCUUGCAUGGGGAAACAAUGCAACUGGGCAGUGCGGACUUGGACACUCCUCAUCUCCAAUAACUCGUCCCCGAAAAGUGCUUGGGUUGGAGUCUAUUCCAGUCCACCAAAUUUCAGCUGGAACUUCACACAGUGUUGCUUGGACUGCUCUUCCCUCAGGUCGGCAAGUUGUCACUUGGCAUCGCCCGUUCUGCGUCGACCUGCAGGAGAAGACAUUUGAGUAUUUGAGGAUUUUCUUGGAACAGUAUUGUGAUGGCUUCGAGAGCCCUAACCCCCCAUCGCCUUUCAACUCUCAGGAGGAACACCACAGAUUUGUGCACCAGUGCUUAAAACUCCUGUGUACUCACCUGUCCCUUUCUCUGGCUGGAGGACUUGGGUCUUCGGUUUUGGGCAUGCAGGCUCAACCCUUACGGCAGCUUCUUUUCAAACUUGUAGACAUGCCUGCCCCCAAUUCUGUUCAACAGGCUGUGCAAGAAACUUUGUCCAUUGGGGCUCCAAUGCUGUUACCUCCGCUAAAGGAGAGAGUCGACCUUCUCUUAACUUUGCUACCGCAAAGCCACAAACUCUCUAAGGGCCAGAAACUUCUGCUCAACAUCGUUCUUGCAAGUCUUGAGGACCAUUUGCAUGUCUCCGCAUUACUGGGAUGCAACAUUGACAAAUCAGAGGAUACACUUGACCCGUCAGAUAUGCAUUUGACAAAAAAAUUGAUCAAGACGCUGUUAAAAAAUUUGAGCUACCAAACUGAUGGUUGUUUGGAUGAAGUAGAGAGCGGAACAGAAUUUGAUUACGCAAAAGAAGAGCUUUCGAAGUCUCACGUUAGUGAGUUGCUCUCGGCCCUGCAAACCCAUCUGUUGGCAAGGUGCAAUUACGAAGACCUACAGCAUGAAGAAAAUUCAGAAUUUGAAAAAGAAAAAAGCAUUGCAUAUGGGAUUCUAACUGAGCACCUUGAGGACUUGUUUCAAAUUGCAGGCUCAGUAUAUGAGAGAAGUGGAACUGUGCUGGCUGGUAAUCAAGGCGUUAUCAACAAAUUACACAAUGUCCUUUUUCACUCAACUGCUGGUGCUUCUAUUUCAAAAAUUCUACAUGCUCUGCUGAUACUCCCUGUCAAUGACAUACAACCACUUCUGUUCCACUUGCUGGCCAUGUUAGGCCCUAUGGACCGAUUGAAUAGAAUUUUACCAGCUGCUACUCAACCAGAGCAUGAAGUUGCGGAUACGUCCUCAGAUGCAAAUACACCAACCCCAAGCGAGCUAGUAGAAAUGACAGAAACGUCUUGGCUGUGGCUUUUGGACGCUGAGAGAGCCUGCAGUUUGCUUGUCGGACGCUGCCUGGGUGGCAUGUUGGCUGGCGAACAACAGCACCAGGUCGAAACCUAUUGCAUCAACUGGCUGAACCACCCUCUCUUCAGUAAUGGCCUUGAUCUCAGUGUCAGCUCUAACUCUGACAUCAUUGUCAACGGUUUGAAAUCUUGGAUUUUGGAUGAAAUGCAAGAGGAGCCUGUAGCGUUACUUUCUCUUUUGCAACCACCUGAGCUCGGUGCUUGGCUGAAGAGCAUCAUUUCAUCUGGUAAUGGAGGGUCAUGUCCUCUUCUUGUGAAUCUCAUGGACACAGCAGAGAGAUAUGACUGGGACACUUGGGAAGAAAAGGGAGAUUUGCGACUGCAACUACUUUCGUUGCUCGUUCUUGUGGCUCUGCUCAAGCAUACUGGAUAUCUUAUCCCACUUAUAAAUGGAAAUUUGAGUUAUGAGGAUAAAGGCUUACUUGAGAUUUUCAAACAUACAUUUGUAUUGAGAAGAAAGAUGUUGAAUUUGAAAGCUAUGAAAGACCAAGCUAAGCAGCAUGCUGAUUCUCAAGAGCCCAUUCCAACCACUUCAUUUGAGGAUGGGGGAGAUUCUAGAAGACUAAGGCAUGAUGACAAUGAGCCUGAUGAAGAAGACGCAAGUGACGACGGCGGCUUAAGAGCUUUUUGUUCAGAUGAGCAAAGUCGGCCAGAUGAUCAGGAGAUGGUUAAAAGUUCCAUAAAAAUAGCUCUAUCUUAUGAAGACCUGACGGAAGUAAUCAUCCGCAGAAGCAUUUUUCUCAUUACUUGCAUUCAGGGCCCUGAAACCUCUUGGGAGCUUCUGAGCACCAAAGACGGCAUGUCGGACGCCUAUUAUAAUAACAAAAUGGAUGAGCUGUGUGACAGUGAAUAUCAACUCCCCCAAGCAGUCGUCAAGUUUAUAUGCAACGAGCCAAUAUGUGAUUCAGUAAAAGAUCUGCCUGGUUCUACCUUGAGUGACCAAUAUGGGAAAAUGUACCACAAAGGCUGGUGCUCAGAACCAAUAAGCAUUGCUGAUGCUAUUCACAAGCAGCAGCAGCGAGCUGAGUCUCGUCUAGAAGCACUGCAUCAAAUUCUAGAACUAUUGGCUCCUCAUGAAAGUAGCUCUCAAGAAGAACAAUCUUUAGAAAGCUUAGUUUCAAAUUUUAGUCCAGAUGGCGAUGGUCGGAGAGGGACCUAUCUCAUUGGAUGCGCACACCAACAGCUUCUCUCUGGCUACUUUGGUCUUGGUAGUAAAAACCAAGUCACCCAUUAUUUAGACGGAGUACGUUCUGCCAGGAAAAAUGAACAGAACUUAAUACGCAGAGCCGUUCAUUGGAUCCACACACUUCUUGUGUACUCACUAACUGUUGGACCAAUAGAAAUGGAAGUUGCUGAAGGAUUGUGGCAGCAAAUGCAGUUGUUGACUGUCUUCGUUUUGAGUUGCAAGUUUGAACCUCCCGAUCUUGCUCUGGCAGUUUCAAAUGGACUGCUACCAAUGCUAGCAGAGAUGUGUGCAAGUUCUCUUCACCUUCUCUCAGCAUCUCCAACAAUGCCUGCUCCUAUUCAGGGAACACCAACUUUGGCCCUGGCAAGUCUUAGGUUACUGCAAGUUCUCUCUAUAUCAACAGGACUGCAUUCAACAAAACUGCAGCCCAGUGUGGUGGAGAGUGUGGUCCAACUUUUGCAUUCACUUCUGGAAAAGCUCUUGAGCUUAGCAUCGAGUUCAAAAUUUCAUUUGGAGGGCAAGGCUAUCGGUGUUAGCAGCGCACAAAGAGCAGCCGAGAGGGCUCUGGGAGACUUCUUGGUGUUUGUUAGACGAAUCGCAAGUUGCAAAGCAAUUUGCAACCUACUAGCAUGUCGUCAGUGGACAGAAACUUUGCUGGCUGUGUGCUCGCAGUGCCCUGAAAGUUGUCUGCCACGAAUUUCUUGCUUGCGCCCAAGACUCCUGUCCUUGCACUUGCUUGGAUCCGUUUUGCCCUUCAUGAACAUAACUGAAUACGACCCAAGAGAGCAAGUAGUUAAAGAACUAAUGAGACAACUGGCGUCCAGUAUGUGGUCCCUGCCAAUGAAAGUUUCAGAGCUUGAAGCAAAGCAAAAGAACGAGACUCUGCAGAAGAAACUAGUCAAACUGAAUAGUCCAACAACUGAUGAAAUGUGGCCACCUGGAGAUAGAUGUGAUGAUAAUAUUCCCGUUCACGAAGUUAGUUAUGACAUUGACAAAUGUCACUGCUGCACAGUUGAAACGAGCAGAAUGCUUGUGCAUGGCUCCGGCGGUAGAGGCUAUGGACUGGCAACAACAGCGAUAAGUUCCGGCUGCUACCAGUGGAAAUUCCUCAUCGUAAAAGAGAACAGAGGGAAUGAAGGCACAUGUGUUGGAGUUUCUCGAUACCCAAUCAAGGAUUACAAUCAUCGAACAACCACCGACAUGUGGCUUUACAGGGCGUAUAGUGGAAAUUUGUAUCACAAUGGAGAGCUUCCUGUCAACUUGCAAAGUUUCACCCAGGGUGACUACAUAACUGCUGUUCUGGAUAUGGAUGCUAGGACUUUGAGUUUUGGAAAGAAUGGAGAGGAGCCGAGAUUGGCUUUUGAGGACAUUGAGUGUUCUGAGCUGUACCCAUGUGUUAUGUUCUAUAGCAACAGUCCUGGAGAGAAGGUGAAACUGACAGAUAUGCAAGUGAGGGGUUGCCCCAGAGAUCUCCUUCCUGGAGAACCUCACUGCGCACCAUGGCCAGCAGCACUUGCUGAAGCCCAAAUCAAUUUGAUGAGAACUCUUCAUUCUUCGUCUAUAUGGAACCAAACAAUCAAUGAUGCUCUGAUUGAAAGGCUUUCAGCAGCAAAAGAGCUUCUCCCUGCUGCAGCAGAGCAUAAGAGGCAUGAUUUGAGAUACUCUUUGAGUGACUCAGCAGUACAUGCAAGACUUGCAGAGGCUGAUGAGCAGACUGAGUGUGAUCUGGAAAAUAUAAUGAUUUUGGAGCAACUUUGCAAAGAGGUUUGGCCAGCACUGGCUGUGAUUGGCGGAGUUGACGCUGGCUUGAGAGUGGGAGGACAAUGUGUCCACAGCCAAACUGGAAGACGAGCUACGAUAUUAGGAACACUAAAGCAGGGCCUGUCCACAGUCAAAUUGCAAUGGGUUGACAAGGAGGCAGACAUCACUGACGGGUCCCUGAAUCAAAUUACUCCUUGCAAUUCUGUGAAUUUUGACUCAUCACAAUUUGUUGGUUUGACAGCCGACACCAUAAAACAAAUAACAAGACUCAGUGGCAUUACAGACGAGCUUAGUCUACCAAGCAUAAAGCAAGAAAUAGACACUUUCCAAGAUGAGAGCUCGAAUAACGAUCUUAUUUCUGGUGACUCUUGUGCUGAAGAAGUGUGUGGAAGAGCCUCAGUUGAUGCAUUGACAAACCAGCUAGUGUCAAGUAUAAUGAAAGAAGUUACCAAGGGUGCUGCAGCUAUUAAAUUGGAAAAAGAGCAGAGAGAAUCCGAUGCGGACAAAAAAAACAAAGCUGCUAAUAGAGCUGCUGUUAGAAAGCAACUUGAGCAAGAAAAACUAUCACUGCAGGUUGCGUACAUCCAGUUUGCCUCUUUAAAGGCGCUUCAAACAAUUCUGUGCAGCAGUAAAUUUUCGGAACUUCUUUUAUUCCCUCUUAAAACUUCUGACGACAAAAAGGACGACGAAGCCAAAGAUGGUCUCACAGACGCCCCGUCAUUAAAAGAGGCACUUCAGGACGUAUUGAGGUGGUUGGUGAAAGCAAGUGUGAAGCCGUGUGGAUUAAAGCAUUUGGCCAGCGUAGGUGAUUUGGAGAGAGCUCAAUCUGUUUUGCACUUGAGCACUGCCAAAGCAUGGGCUGAAGAAGAGCUGCAGAUAAAGGAGACCGAAGGACACAUUCGUACUCUUCUCAACCAGAGAGACAGUGGUUCUUCUAAGGAGGAUGGUGCUUCCGGAAGUCAGGAACCCACUGGCGAAUCGUCAACAAGUAUGUUGUCAGCUCGGACACAUAUGGUGAAACGGCUGUACCGGAAAUUGAUCAACUACCCUCCAUCAAUUCCACCCUCGUCAUUGUCAGUUUCAUCAUUUUUGAUGAAUAGUUUCUCGGAGACAUCCACUCCACACAGUCCAGGCCAAGCAACUUCCUCCUCCGCAUCGAGCACUCCUCAAUCUGCGCCUCCCCCAAUGCCAAAGUACAGAAUAAGAUCUCCGUCACCGCCUUCUCUACCUGUGGCGGCUCCUUUAUUGGAGAUGGGAUUUUCCCUGAAGCAUGUUCAAAAAGCUAUUCAUGCUACUGGAAGCACGGGUGACAUGUCUGCACGGACAAUAAACCAGUUAGUGAUGUGGAUGAUAGAGCAUCCUUGCAUUGACUCAAGCGAGUCUCCACCCUCGGAUGCUGCUUCCUCCUCAACCAUCCGGGGAUUUUAUUCUGCAGAGGGUGCAGCUGCUGCAGUACCCCCUCCCUUGAGACUUUUUGACGUGGAGACUUCAGAGCCAACGUCUGGAAUCUUCACACCUUGGCUAUCCUCUAGAAAUUCAACCAGCCACACGAGGGAGCAAGAUUCUGCUUUCUAUCUUCGCGGCCUUGGCCCUCGACGCCGAGCGUCAUCUGACAUUAGAAGCUACAUGGCUGAGAGAUCAAGUUCUCAAGACCACGAGAGAGGAAGUAGUGGAGGAAGCAGCAGAGAAAGACCUUUUGGUCGAGGACUGCAAACUGGAGAAAGUAGACCCAAACGUCGAGUAAUUGGAGUGCCUCAUUUCCUCUCCGACAUGGACUCUGCUCUUACAAGACUAGAUAGAUGGGACUCAUCUGCUUAUGAAUCUGCAUUCGAAUCUGGAAUGUACAUGGACAUUGAUAGAAAUCCAACUUGUGAUGUCUGCAACGCAUCUUGUGAGAGGCUUGAGAGAAGAUUUGCUGAAAAUAGGACGGAAUCUUUAGCAUCUAUUCCUGUGAUUUACGUCUGCCCAGAAUGUAAAGAGAAUCUCCCACACAGUGCUGAUGGCUCUUGGUGUGAUUAUUUGCAUAGACGAGCAUCGUCUCCAAUGCCUCUGACCUCUAAAUUUGGUACUACAAGAACAACCCACCCAUCAGCUUUAGUUGCCCCAGACCUUGUAGGACCUGUACCGUUUGAGACAAAGGCUAACUCUGGCUCAUUGGAUGACAAUGCCAUCAAGGAUGCUAAGACUGUUGAUGUUGCUCCAUUUUUGAUACCCCACCUGAACUUUGAUGAAAUCAUCUUCCACGAUCCUGAUCCACUUGGCAUGAAUCAAGUGCCAGUAGUUACAAAUGAGACGAAAGAGGGCACCACUAUUAAUUCUGCCUCAAAUGAUGAGAGACCUUCUUUAGGCGAGCAAGCAUCGUGGCUUGCUAAUUCUAAAGAGAGACAAAUAGCCUUGCACAGAACAACAAAUGCUGCUCAAAUCUUAGUGGCACGCUCAGUAGUUAUGUCAACCCUCUCAUUGCUCUCUGCCAGUGGAAGCACAUGCAGCCUUCCAACUGGUCUCCAAUCGAUGGGCCUGAAUGACAUUCGUCAGCUUGUUCAUUUGAUGAGUCUCACUGCUGGUGGCAGAAUUGAGCUACCCUCUGAUUAUAGUGUAUCUAUCGACACACUUGCACCUCCCAAGAGCUCUCUCACUUCCAACCCGACUACCUCAAAGACUAAUUUCUAUCUCCUGCAUUUGAGUAACGCUAUAUCAAGUUUGGCAGUCAGCAAUACAGAAGCUGCAAACAUGGUGGUCAACAUUUGCACUAAGGAUCUGCUCGAUACUGCAGUUGGCCGGCGCAGCAGUAUGAAUCCAAUGGCAUAUGAGCUACCUUCGCAGUCGUCAAAUUUCUCUGUUACACAAGCGUUAGUCAACCUGCUAACUGCAAAAAAGAGACUGCCUACAUCACACAGUCAGAAAGGAGACGAGACUCCAAAAGCACUUUGCAGCCCCUCAGAUCCACAAGUUCAGAACAUUUUGCAGCUUGCGAAUGCUUUGUCGGCUUGUGUACUGUCUGCUCACUUGGAGCCAAAUCACAAGCAAUGGGCAUCCGAACAACUGGUUAAAUGCAUUGCAAAUUCUGCUGAAGAAUUCCCAAUUCAUCACAUUGAGACUAAAACCAUGGCAGAUCUACUUGGUGUCUUGCCAAAUUGUCCAGUGUCGGAACUCGAGGGUCAUGGAAACAGGGCAAAUUUAGUAGUUUGGAAUGAAGACAGAAAGCUUUUGGCAUCUAGUGGCAAUGAUGGAACCGUUCGCAUUUGGAGUCCUGGUAGUUGCAAUCCUGGACAAAUUCAACUUGAAGCCACAUACAUGUUCCGCAAGUCGGAGGUUGUUUUUGGGGACGAGUUACAAGGAGAAGCCAUUCAGCCUUUAAUAUGGUCUUCGUCGGGCCAAUAUAUUGCUGCUGCCAUUGACAGUACUUUGAAUAUUUGGCACAUUCCAGAUGACUGUCCCACAGGAAUCCAAUCAAUGUUGCAGCAGAGCUCCAUGAUCACAACAUUUGCCUGGCCGCAAACCCUGGUCGUGGCUGAAAAUCAUGAGCUCUUGUUGGUAGGCCAUGCGGAUGGCACGGUGAGCUGUGUCCGAGUCUCUCCUUCAGGCCACAUUACAUCCGAAUACCUUCCCCACUGCUCUCAGCCAAACUCAUGCACCACUCAUAUUUCCUGGUUUUCUGAGGAAAAGGACUUUGCGAUUGCUUUCACUGACGGUACUAUCAAAUUUGGAAGGCUCUCCGAAUCUUCCAUUAGCUCCAUCAGUGCACACAGGGGCGCUGUUAUCAGCAUAAAGUGGGACCAGAGAGGAAAACUGCUGGCAUCAUGCGGGGCAGAUGGUCGCUGCUGCAUUUGGAGCCACCAUCAACGAACUUGGAAUUGUGCUCACGAACUCACCCUUGCCCAAGAGCCAGCCUCUAUAAUUUGGUCCCCUCUAAUCGGGCAGACAAAAUUGGUUCUCUGCGUUGGUGGCGUGAACGGAACGGUUAGUGUUUGGCUUAUUCCCGACAACUUGGAGCAAGAAAAUAGCAAUGUAGCGCCUAAAUUGGUAUUUGAACUGAUCGAUAACUCCAACUAUGCCGUGACCACCAUGGCAAUCAGCAAAGAUGGAUCCAUGCUUGCUUCAGGGUGUUUGAGAGGCCCCAGUGGUGUUGUUAAUAUCUGGUCACUUCACGAUGGUAGCUUGCUCCACACAAAUACGGGCACAGGUGGAGUGCAGAGCCUUUGCUGGAUUGACAACGUUGCUCUUGCAAUAUGUUUUACUAGGUCAAAAGAAAUUCGAGUUUUGCACACAUCUCCUGAUUGGCUGGAAAGCGUUCGUCUUCUUGCCAGAGGCAGAACAGCUCUGACUCUGCAUGGCUUAGGGGGUAUUCACCGAGCGCCAGCUUUCAAAACUCUACUCACCCACCUGCAUUUGCUGCUUCACAACCAGUACAAACAUGAACAUCGACUGGUUUCAACUGGAGAGCAGUUGACCUACAGUAGUCACCUAAGAAGUCUAGUGUCACUUGCGCUGAUUCUUGAAUUGGACACUAUUUUGACAUACAACAAUGUUCCAGUCAAUCACGAAGAAUUUGGCCAAAUUGUUUCCGACUGGCAAUGGCUUCACACGUUUUCCGUAGUGGUGAAGAGUGCAGAGGCUCUGAUUAAGAGGACGCCCCUACCACAGAGAUUUGCUGCUAUGACAAAAUUGCCUUGUGAGGAGGGCACAAAGCCAGAUCCGUUCAACCAGUCUUUUUGGAGUCUCCAGGCGGACGAAGAAAUAAUGUCCUGGGUCACCCAGCAGCCAGGAGACUGGCAAAUUGGUGGAAACUGCCAAGCUUACUUUUGGGGAAGUGGAAAACAUGGUCAGCUUGCUGAAGCAGGCCGUGUGUGCUUAUUCCCUGUUCUGACAUUGUCAUUCUCGAGCGCCCAGCAAAUAGUCUGCGGCCAGAACUGCACUUUUGUCAUCCAAGCCAAUGGAUCAGUUCUUGCUUGUGGGGAAGGAAGCUAUGGGAGGCUCGGCCAAGGGAAUGCUGAUGACCUGCACACUUUAAGCGUCAUUUCGACUCUGCAGGGCUUUGUGAUCACUGCCCUUGCAACUUCUGGAGGUUCAGAUGGACACAGUUUAGCGCUGGCCGAGAGUGGAGAGGUGUUUUCGUGGGGAGAUGGUGAUUAUGGAAAGUUAGGACAUGGCAAUAGCGACAGACAACGUAGACCAAGGCAGAUUGAAGCAUUGGUUCGAGAGGAGGUUGUUCAACUGGCCUGUGGCUUCAAGCAUAGUGCUGUUGUGACAGCAGACGGAAAACUCUUUACCUUUGGGAGUGGCGACUAUGGCCGGCUAGGACUUGGAUCUACAGCUAAUAAGAAAUUUCCAGAGCGAGUCAUGAGCUUGACAGGAUUCAAAAUCGGAUAUGUUGCUUGUGGUUUGAAUCACACAGCCUGUAUUUCAACUGAUGGCAUGACAGUGUGGACCUUUGGCGACAGUGAAUUUGGCAAACUUGGUCUUGGAGGACCCGGAUCAAAGAUGACACCUCAAAGAGUCGAGUCUUUGGGUGGUAUUUGCAUCAAGAAAGUGUGCUGUGGUGCCCAAUUCACAGUUUUUCUGGCCACCGAUGGGAGGGUUUUCACUUGCGGUCUUGACAGGUUAAUCGGACAACCAGAAAAUAGAAUACGAGGACACAGUCGACCGCAGCAGGUGUUGGCAUUGUCAGGAAUAUUUGUGGAAGAAAUUGCUGCUGGUGCAGAACACACGCUAGCCUUGACUUCAACAGGAGAUGUUUGGGGCUGGGGUGUCAACAGCGAAGGUCAAAUAGGUCUUGGACACACACUCUUGGUCAAGGAGCCCCAGCUUAUUUCUCACUUGAGUGGAAAGCAAGUCAAGCAGGUCUCGGCGGGUCGAAAUCACAGUGCCGCCUGGACGACUCCAAAGCCACCAAGGCGACAGCCAGGCACUUCUCCACUGCAGUACUUGGCUUUGCCAAAUUCAGUUCCUGCACAGUACCACAGACUGCAAAGUAUUCCUAUUAUUGCAAUUCAGGCUCGACUGAAAUUACUGUGGGGAUUUUCAUGCCUACUAUACUCCUGUUGGGAACUUUUGCCUUUAAUUCCUCAGAGAGAACAUGCAAGCAACAAUCUUCUACAGAGCAUUGUCUGCGGUCCGCUAAGAAAUCUUUUGGCUCCAGGAGUGUACACCCUACCUUUAGUGCGGUGCAUAGGACGCACAAUGAUUCAGGGGCGGAAUUUUGGGCCUCAAGUGACGGUCAGAAGACUUGCCACCAGAGGAAUGAAGGCAAAGCCAAUUUUUGUUCAAGUGGCUCAACAAGUUGUGGUCAUGAAACCAGCAGAACUUCGACUGCCAUCACGUGCCUGGAAGGUAAAACUUGUUGGAGAAGGUGCGGAUGAUGCGGGGGGAGUUUUUGAUGACACCAUCACUGAAAUGUGCCAAGAGCUAACUACAAACGCCAUUCCACUGUUGCUUCCGACUCCGAACUCUGUCAAUGACACAGGAUACAACAGAGAUCGAUUCAUCCUGAAUCCACAACUCACAAAUACUCUCCACCUCUCAUGGUUUAAAUUUUUGGGAAUUCUCUUCGGGGUGGCAAUAAGAACAAAAAAGCCUCUGGCAAUCCCUCUUGCGCCAAUCGUUUGGAAACUGCUUGUGGGUGACAAUGUCACAAUGGAAGACUUGGAAGAGGUUGACGUAUUGUAUGCACAGAGUUUGAGAGGAAUCAGAGACAUCCAUCUAUCAGGAGUGACUGAAGCUAACUUCAGUGAGGUUAUACCACUCGAGUGCUUCGAAGGCAGCAGUUGGAGUGGCAAACUCGUUCCCAUUGUAUCUGGAGGACGAAGCAUUCCGUUGAUGUUUGCAAACAGGGCCGAGUAUGUGGAGAGAGCUGUUGAGUUUCGACUGAAAGAAAUGGACUUGCAAGCUGCUGCUAUCAGAGAAGGAAUGGCCGGAAUCAUUCCAGUGCCUCUGCUCACUUUGGUCACUGCCCAGCAUCUUGAACAACUCGUUUGCGGCUUGCCUCAUAUUUCCAUUCCCCUCUUGAAGAAAGUUGUCAGGUACAGAGAAGUGGACGAAAAUUCAGAGCUAGUGCAAUGGCUGUGGAACAUUUUAGAAAGCUUUACAAAUGCUGAAAGAGUUUUAUUCAUGCGCUUUGUUUCGGGAAGGUCCCGAUUGCCAGCUAAUUUAGCAGAUCUCUCCCAGAGAUUCCAGGUUACAAAGGUUGAUCAUGCCACUGAUGGGCUUCCGACUGCACAGACAUGCUUUUUCCAACUACGUUUGCCAACAUACAGCAGUCAGGAAAUAAUGGCAGACAGACUUCGCUAUGCAAUCAAUCACUGUCGCUCUAUAGAUAUGGAUAACUACAUGCUGGCAAGAAAUGCAGACCAUGGUCAUUCUGACGAAGAGUACUAAAGGUGGCUCAGAAGAUUUUUAUCAUAAUUUAACGGUGAUGGAUAACUGGUUGUAACUUUUAUUUUCGUUAAUGCUUAAAAACUGUAAACUAGUCUAAAUUUGAGACUUUUUGUUGGUAGUUAAUUAUGUUGCAGCUCUAAUAUUAUUUAAUUUUUGCAUGAAUAAAGUGGAUGUAUUGAGUGAUUAUAAAUCAU